AUGAAACGGAAAUACUGGGAUGAGGACUACGUCAGAGCCCUUGAAGCCCAAGUCCAGUCGCUGCUCUUGGCUCUGGAGAAGCAAAGCGUCGACAAUGAACCGUCCCCAUCAUUGUCUCUCAGUGGCCGUGCAUCUCAGUCCGCAGAGCCGGACGCGACCCUCCGAGAGAGUCUCGAUGGAGGUGAGGCCGAUGGAGGUGACGCCACUGAAGGCCUCGCAGUCAGUGACAACGACGAAAACACCAAGGACAUCAUCUGUAUAGAAGACCAUGGGGGUAGUGCAAGCAGAGACUCAGGGACGCAGGAGAGGUCCCAGAUGGCAAUGGAAGAGCUGUGCGUUAUGCUAUGGAGGACGAAUGUCGGUGACGGGGUGACCAUCAUCGACGACCCUGCUACUGGGUCUCACUACUCCGUCGACCCCGUACGGCCGGCAGUGCCCUUGGCCAAUCAAGUCAUCCCUCCGGAACAGGUCCUCGUCUACUGCCGACAAAAGGGCCUGAUAUACGAGAUGGCUGAUCUCUUUUUGGAGAAUAUCAACCAGGAACACCAGUUUACGCCACAUACGACAACCGACUUUCUGCACAGCUACCCUUACCAAACCCCAGAUGAAGCCUUCCUGCACAGCGCCAUCAUCGCCACCGGUACAACCUUUACACGAAGACCCGAUGCUACCCUAAUAGGAGACGCAUUUGCGCAUUUUGCGGAAAGCCUCAUCUUCACGUGCUGCAGGCAGAAUCCGACACUAAAGGUCAUCCAGGGCCUGUCCAUGAUGUCCUGGCGCUCGCUGGCCAUGGGGAGAGACCACUUUGGCUGGAUGUUCAUCUCCAUGGCCGCCGGCAUGUGCGUACAUCUCAGACUGCACGUCUUGGCGCUGGACGAGUGCGAAGCCAGGCAGCUGGAGGCCACGGAGCAGGAGAUUCGCACUUUCUGGAUGUUUUACAUCAUUGACAGGACAGCCAUCUCGAUUCUUGGGCGGAAUUGCGCGUUACCGUGGCGAAGAGUCAACGUGCCAGACUUUGAAAUGACCUUUGAGAGCUCAAAAGCAAGUUUGGGUCAGGUAUCCUUUGCAUGGCAGUGCAAGCUGUGGUAUCUACACGACCAGCACAUGGACCAGGUCUUUUCAACAAACUUUGAAUCUCUACCUAUAUCACAACAAGUUCGCAUCCUCGUGGCAAGCCAGGACGCACUCAGUGCAUUCUUCCGCUCCCGUGACGACAGGCUCCAUCUGUCAGGCGACUCGACCCCGAAACCAGUCAUCCAAUUCCACCUGGCCUACCAGAUCUCGAUCCUCAUCACCAUGCCUCCUUUCCUCCGCAUCUUUGCCGCGAUCUCUCAAACCUCGACAGCAGCCGAGCCCGGGAACAGCAGCAAGAGGCAAAACGCCGAGUUCAUGCUCCUCGUCCUCCGCUCCCUCACCGCCGCAGCAACAGCAACCUCCCGCCUCGUCCGGACCUACCGCCGCGCCCACGGCUUCGACAUGUCCCCGAACCCCGUCAUCAUCCACCACCUCCUCAGCGCCGCCAUCGUCCACCUCAUGAACGCCACGAGCUGGACACCCGCGCUACGGCACCAGAGCACCUACUGGCUUCGACAGUGCCUCGAGCUCCUGCGCGAGCUGCAGCUCUCCUGGCCCGUACGCGCCGCCAAGAGCAUCAAGAUCAUUCGCGUGCUGGCGCAGCGGUGGGGCGUUACGAGGGCGCUGCCUAUCGAGUUCAGCUAUCAGAUCGAGCAGACGGCGGCGGCGGCGGCAGCGCCUGAUGCCGAGAGGGAUUUCAGCGCGAAUAUUACGCAGAGUAGAGACAUGGGCGAGGCGGACUUGGGUGGUGCGAAUCAGGUGCAGUUUGAGUACGAGUGGGAUGGGUACGGCGCUGCUGCGGCGGAUGCGCCUCCUGUGGACUUUGGCACUUUGGACAUGGACUCUUUUGCGUCUCUGGGGACUCUCGACGUGUCUGGGUUGAGCGGCGCGCGGACGAAUGCCAUGGGCACUAUUGACUUUCUGCAGGCCUUUCAGGGGCUGACGGAGUGCGAAGAUUUUAGUUGGCUUUCAAGUAAUCACGGCUUAUGA